UUUCACUUUUCAAUUGUUUGUGAAGGGUCGUUUAAACAGAACGGUUAUCGCAUACUGCCUACUACCCAUGAUAUUAUUUGGUGUAAACAAGGCGUUCUUAACUAAAUAGCGGAAGUAAAACUUGAAGCGCAGUUAAAUGUUAUCUGUUUCAUUAUGGGUCACAGUCGGAUGUUAAUCGAUUGUUGAAAAAAAUCAAAUAGGAUUUUCAAAAAAUGCAUAUACGUUAGUAUAUAAUAUUAACGCAGAUUGAGACAGAAACAUAAAUAUAGUGUGAACAAUUGAUGAGCUGAAUGGCGUUUUCAUCUCUGUCUUCAAAAGCUAUAGGAUCCGAAGUGGUUGAAUUCGAAGAAAUGGGAAAGUUGAUAACUGACAAGGAGAUCGACGACUUUUUUAAAGAAUGUGAUGUACACAUAGACAGAGAGGUACAAAGGUUUUACGAACAUCGCCGUCAGAUGUACCCUCCCAUAGGCGCUGUCAUGUUACACAGUUUUGAUAUCGUUUUCUUUCUGUGGUUUACCCUGAGCGUUGUCAUGGCCAUCCUGUUCAUAGUGAUAGCUGUCACGAUAGCCGUCAUGACGUUCUUCAUAUGCAUGGUCAUACUGAUUUGCAUCUUCUCGGCCCAAAACGAUGGCUCUUCCGUUGAUAGGAGAAUCGGAUACAGACAUGCUGUCGCAGUCAGAAGGCGUUAAGUCAAAUAAUCCAUAUAUUAAUAUGUUGGACACAUUGAUAUAACUUUACUGCAUUCGAAAUAGUUACUUCUCAAAAUCAAUGUUUCUUCUGAGCUGUAUAUGAUAUUAUUUUACAAGUUUCAUUAAUUUAUCCAAAACGAUAUGAGCCAGGUUGUGUGAAAAGGGGGUCUAAUGCAUGUGCGUAAUUUGUCGUCCAAGAUUUACCUGUACAGUCUGCACAGGCUAAUCGCGGACAACACUUUCCGCCGAAACUAGAUUUUUGCUAAGAAGAGACUUUAUUGAAACGAAAAAUAUCAUAAAAGCGGAGAGUGUCGCCCCUGAUUAGCCUGUGCCGUCUGCACAGGCUUAUCUGGGACCACACUUUACGCACAUGCAUUAAACCCCCUUUUCACAGAGCGCGGAUCAUAUCUAUUAAAGACGACGCACAGAUCUUAAUACACUGUCGUUUUGUUUAGUGAUAUUGAUGUCAAUGUAUGAAAUAAAGAUGUUUAAAUUAUAUGAUUCAUCGGUUUGAAUAAAGACCAAUUGUGCAAUUUAAUCAGUAGAAGUCUUAGUUAAUGGUCUACAGUGAAUUUAAUGCUUUUUAAUCUAUCUUUUGUUUGUGUGCAGAAACUAUUAAAAAUAAAAACAUUA